UGACCAGACCUGGGAUCGAACACGGGCCGCCGCUUACAGCUUCUGAUGUCACUUCUUCUCAGUCACUGAAUUCCACGAUGAUGCUUCAAAUUGCACCUACCACCAUACACAUAGUCGGAAUAGCGGGCCCAGGAAUAGUAUCCAUUGCUAGACAACGGGCGGUAAACACUCAAACAUUGCUAGACAACCGACGGUUAACACGCUCCCGCGGUAAUACACAAGCGAACAGUUGCUAGGCAAUAGUUCGCUCAACAAUGGAAUAAUUCAGGAAACAAUGUUUUCUGUGCUGUCCGUGACGAUGCUAUAUAAUGAAAACUAACUGGAAGUUGCUCGUGGUUCGCUGUAAGGAAUUAUGCACUCUUAUCAGCCGUAACCUAUCCGUGGCCAGUGAGGGCUACAACAGAUUAAGAAGAUUCACUGAAGAAACUUCAGAGAAAAAAUGGAACCACUGGUUACGGCUUCACUGUUCGUACUAUUUUGUACGCUAGUGUACCUAUUCUGCCGGGAACAAAUUUUAUUACUGGGAUAUCUACUGAAGGAGUGCAUGGCAAGCUGUAUACGUCUGGGUGUGGUGGACUUUCUGGUCAUUUUGGCCAUGAUUUCCUGUUACAAUUCAUUGGAUGGAUAUAUGCCACAGGCAGAACGCUAUGGGAUAUUGGUACAUUUCAUAAGUGGUCUACCGAAAGGAUAUAUGAGAUGCAAAGACAUCAUAGAGUUGGGAGUGAGUCUAUUAUACCUAUUCCACGUAGACUACACCAGAAUCCUCACUGUCUUUUGGCCCUAAAUAAUUUUCAUGAACGCAGCAAAGGGUGAUCUAAAAAGACUGAAGCGUAGUCAACGAGCAUAUUACAGGAUGAAGUAUGGUUACAAGUAUCAUAUUGAGAUAGAAAAUAAUUUAAAGGGAAAUUAACUCAAUAAUCCUCGCCGCAUGAAUAUCCUGUUGCGUACCAAGUAGAAAGUUAAUAAUUUUGACUGUGUUUCCUAUAUUCAACAAUUUUUUACACAGUUAUAACUACUAACAUAUUGAUCUAAGAUUUAUCUAAAUUUUGGUUAACGUUUUAAAAAUGUAUCAUUUAAAAAC